AAUGCGUUUCUUUUGUCUAAUACUCUGUUUGGUUCAAUUUCAAGUGCAAGCCUCCGACUGGUUUAACAGAACCGUUCGAGUGGAUCUGAUUGUAAACAGCAACGGUAGAGCUUACGAUUCACAAUAUGACUCGCUUGAACUAUCGGAGGACCUUUUAAGCAGCGUGAUCGCAACAAAUGGAGAAUAUCCUUGGAAUAUUUAUACGAUCGCUUGGGGAGAUGUUGCACCAGGAAGUCGGCAUGGACAAAUGUGUUUGAGCACAAUUAUCAGUAAUAACUUUUUCCUUACUGAUUUCUUCUGCGUUGGUCUCCACUUGAAUCCUGUGGCUAAUUCUAUUGAAACAUUUUUUGGUUACGCUCCAAUGCUCUCACCACUAUUUCCAACAAAUUUUGUGCGACAUUAUUGGUACAUCGAACCAUCACCUGAAGAUAGUCCCAGAAUCGUCUUAUCAAGAUUUCACGAAGCAGUAACGUUCAACCCUAAUAUACAACCCAUCCGAUUGCCAUCGUCUGAAAACUUCUCUUAUGAAGCCUGGUCAUCUCAUUUAUUAGGACAUCGAUCGGGUCCCGGAAAUGUAUGGGCACAUUUGCAAUCAACCCACGCUAGCAUUUUGAACAACAGCUUGUGUAACUUUCACGGUAUCAUCCAUGAUCAUGAAAUUUGUGCGACUGACGGUGGUGAACGAUUUGAUGGUGGUUCGCCUGGAGGAGCUUGGAUUGUGUACGAAUAUACUGCUGGUUUUGAGUUCAUUCCCGUCGUAAUUGGAAUAGAGAGAUUUCUUAAUCAAACCCUAUCAUUUGCAGCCGCAUCUAGAGUAUCCUAUUUCGUGGAAUGGAUUGAAACACUUCAACGAGACAAUUAAACAGAUUUGUUGCAAAUAAAAACUCCUUCGUGUUUAA